UCUUUUUUUUUGUGUAUUUUUUUGUUUGCAAACCUCUUUUCGUUUAUUUCCAUCCAAAAUGUCAUUUCAUUUAAGCACAAAAGAGCGUCUCCUCCUUUUAGUUGAUGAUAUUGAAUUAAUUUCCAAGGAACUUAUUGAAAAUACAAUUGCACCAAAAACAAACAAAAUAUCUAGCGCCGAACAUACAGCACUUGUCGAUUUGCUUGUUUCGAAAGAUGAUGAAUUUCGUAAAAUGUUGGAAUUGGCCGAAGAACAGGCAAAAAUCGAACAAUCGAUGGAUGAUUUGAGAGCUAAAGUUGAUGUUCAUGAUCGUGAAAUACAAAAACUUCAAAAACAAUUAAAAGAAGCUGAACAAAUAUUGUCCACUGCUCUCUUUCAAGCUAGACAAAAACUAGCUAGCAUUGCUCAAGCUAAAAAGCGUCCUGUCUCCUCUGAGGAGCUAAUAAAAUAUGCUCAUCGAAUUAGCGCAGCAAAUGCCGUCUGUGCUCCAUUAACUUGGAUGCAAGGCGACGUUCGACGUCCAUAUCCGACAGACAUUGAAAUGAGAAGUGGAUUUUUGGGUAAAUCCGAUUUAAAUAUUAAUGGAGCAAGCAUUCCACAUCAAAAUAAUAUUAGCGAUAUUCAGCGAAAUCCUUCGACUGGAGAAGUUCCAAAUGCAUUCCAAAAUCAAUUCAAUUGGAAUAAUUUGGGUGAAUUGCAUAUGACAAUGGGUUCGUCUGGGAAUUCCGUUGCAUUGGAGACACGAGCUCAUAAGGAAGCUUCACAGGAUGAUGUGGAAGUUAUGUCUACGGAUAGCUCGAAUAGUUCUAGCUCGAGUGAUUCACAAUAAGAUAGAAUGUAAGACAGUCUGGGUAGUUUUGAUGAAGAAAAGAAUAAUUUAAACUUUUGUCGUAAAAUUAAAUUAUAUUCAAAUCAAUUAA